AUGUUGAGAUAAUCACUUAGCAAAAUAUGUAGAAAAACCAAGCUUCAAAGAUUGGGCUGUUGCUUCAGCAAUUAUGCUUAGAAGAAUCCUGCAAUGAAAUUUGAUGAUGAGUUCAGAACAACCAUAAAUCAGGAAGGCAAAUUACUACCAAAUUCAGAUCAUUCCUUUAUAGCUGAUCACGAUGACAAAUUUGGGUUGUAACACAUCAGAGAUCCUGCGAAGAUAUUGACACACUUGAAAUCAGUCGAGUUCAAAUAUUCAUUAAAUGAUUUGAUCUACUUUUUGCGUCAUCUGGUUCACAUUUCAGAAGAACAUGGUUUACGAUCGUAGAUCAUGAACAAUUACAAUUUUAGGGAGUUUUUGAAUCACAUUAAGAAAUGCUUAUUGACAAAUCAGCAUGACAAAUUCCCCUUGAUUGGAUCCUACGCUUAUUGCUUGAACAAAUUGGAUAUCAACGACAGGGAGAUGUGGAGAUUACUGGAAUACAAAAUAUUAGAAGAUCAAUAUCAUACAACGUUCGAUGAGAGUGUCUUUGCAGCUCAAGGGUUCUGCAAAUUGCCUUUGAUGUACUAUGGGCAAAGUGAAGAGACCAUAUAAGCCAGGAUUGAUAAGGUUUACAAAAAGUUAGAAAGAGUCAUUCGGAUAACCAUUUGGGAAGUCAACCCUGUGCAUUAUCAUUCGAUAGCAAUGGCAUUGGCCAAAGUCAAUAGAUUUGAUCCCCAAAUGUUUGCUAAAUUGGAACAACACAUCUUGACCAAUCUAUCCUUGAACUACACCACCAAGAUGAUGAUUGACAUCCUAUUCUGUUUUGCAAAGGGGAAGCAAGGGUCCUUGGAAUUUUAUGAUUCGAUGCAAUAUGUGAUCUUCAAAGGUCACAUGUUUAAUCGAAACUAUUUCUUGUAAUCGCUUUCAGAAUUAAGUUACGAUGGACAUCUAGUAGCAAGAUUAUUAGGAAUCUACAAAGAAGCAUAGGAUAAGUAUCAUGAAUUCCAAUUGCAUCCUGACUUUUAAAGCAAGGUUCAUAAUCUCAUGGUCAAUAAGUUAACUUUUUAUGAUUUAGAAUCUCUGGUCACGACAAUGACUCUAUUGCCCACUUUCCUUAAAGACGAUGUUAAAAAUAUUCAAAAUAGUCUCAUCAAUCGAAUUACCUAGAUUCCAGGUUAAUUCUAAAUCCAAGACAUAAUCAAGUUUUAUGAGUUCGUUGAGAAGAACUAUGAUGAUAUCAAGAAUGCGCCGAUUUAAUAAAUGCAUUUCGUUGAGGAUAACCUUUACAAAUACAGUGAUUCUGUGAGCAUGGAUGAUUUGAUUAUCGUAUUGCAAUAUUUGUAUGAGAGACCUAAGUUCAUAUUGUAGCCAGAUAAGUUUAUUAAUCAAGUCAUCAAAACCUUUGAUUAGAACAUCAAUCUAAUGACUGCAGCCUAGAUAGACAUGUUGACAUCUCUCUUUUAGCCUUUUUUGGAGUUUCAAUAAAAGCAGAUUGGGGAUUCUUUGAAUAUAAAGAGCACAUUAAAAAAGUUAAAGGAUAUUCAACUAAUUAAGUAAUAUUAUUAGAAAUAUUUGCAUUAAUUAUAUAAUUAUGGUUAUAAAAUUGCUCAAAUAUAAUUUUAUCAAUGCCAUUUAACAAUAAUAAAAAUGAAAAAGAAAUUCAUCAUCAUUUCUUUAGAGGGCAACAUAGGAGCAGGUAAAUCAACAUUGUUCGAGAUCUUAAAAGAGGAAUACCCAUAAGCUAUAUUCCUUAUGGAACCUUUGGAGCAAUGGCAAAAAAUUAAUGGGAAUUCCAAUCUCAACAUAUUAGAGAAGUACUACUCGGAUGCGAGACAGGUGGGGGUUUACUUUUUAAAUUUACGCUUACUAAUCUAGAUUAAUGGCUUGGGAUAGAUAAUUGCAAUAGUGUUAGUGUUUACAGAGAGAAGCAUUGAAAGUGCCAGAGAACUCUUCUUUUAACUAUGCUGCAAUGAUGGAAAGAUCAGUCAAAUAGAAUUUGAGAUUUAUGAGGAAUUUUAUUAAUGGCUGAUGAACCAUUAUCAAUAGUAUUUGAUAGAUUGUGUGAUAUAUGUCAAUACUCCACCAGAAGUGUGUUUGGAAAGGUUGAUAAAGAGAGGAAGAUCAGAAGAAGCCUGUGUGCCACUUGAUUAUUUAAGGAAAUUGCACUAAAGACACGAAGAUUGGUUGUCUGAAAAAUCUAAUAGGUUCUUAACUAUAAAGAUCGAUGCAACUUUGAAUUAUGUAUAGGAUUAGAAGGUGAAAGAGAGUGUGCGACAACUGUUAUUAUCGGAGAUAUAAAAAUUAAAGGAGUUGCUGAAUUGAAUUGGAAUGUACUUGUGAUUUUAUUAUUAUAAAAUUUCCCAUUAAUCUAAUCGUUUAUA